AAUGCGGAGCGAGGUUUGGUUUGGCACGGUGCGCACGCGGCUGCUGUAGGUCUGGUAUAUAAACGGAGCGCAGGUCAUGGCCAUGGACAAUCUGCUGGUGGUCACUGCUUGGCGGACAACAAAACGACAACUAGCGUUUACAAUCAGCAACUUCUUGAGUUAGAAAGGCUGUAUAUUGUUUCUCCCUCUGUCAGAUCGAAUACCAAAAACCAGCGGCGAUGAACAGCCAUUGUAACGGGACCGGGAAGCAGCUGGUGACAGAUUUCUACUAUAAUAACGGUUUCAGUGAGUUGAGCCUCGAGACCAAGAAGAUCACCGCACAGCAGCGGAAACAGCAUGAGACGUCCGGUAAAGAUGCUGAGGAUGAGUCCCGGUUACCGGCACUCGAAGCAGCGUACAGCAGCAUCUUGCGGGGUCUCGGGGAGGACACGGACCGGCAGGGGCUCCUGAGGACGCCUCUAAGAGCCGCCAAGGCAAUGCAGUUCCUUACCAAGGGAUACCACGAGGACGUGUACGACAUCCUGAAUGAUGCCAUAUUUGACGAGGACCAUGACGAGAUAGUGAUAGUAAAAGACAUUGAAAUGUUCUCUCUUUGUGAACACCACCUUGUACCCUUUUUUGGCAGGGUACAUAUCGGAUACCUGCCAAAUAAGAAGGUGGUCGGGCUUAGCAAGCUGGCUAGGAUUGUUGAGAUGUACAGUCGAAGGCUCCAAGUCCAGGAGCGUCUGACCAAGCAGAUUGCCAUGGCGAUAUCAGAAGCUCUACAGCCAGCUGGUGUGGCUGUGGUUAUAGAGGCAGCGCACAUGUGUAUGGUGAUGCGUGGGGUUCAGAAGAUGAACAGUCGAACUGUGACCAGCUGCAUGUUGGGGGUGUUCAGAGAAGAUCCAAAGACUCGAGAAGAGUUCCUACGACUCACCAAGACUGCUUAGCAACCAUCUCUGACCCCUGACCCCUGACCUCUAGCCCCUGCCCUGACCCUGUAAAGCACAUGUUCUAGGGUAGAGUUCCUAAGACUACUCCACACACCUCACAGAAGCCUUAUAUACACAAAAGGCAAUGCAGGCUAUAAUUAUGAGAGGCUAUAAUUAUGGUGCCUUCAGCUAACCUCAGCUAGAAAACCUGACAGUCUUAAAACAUGAUCUCUACUGUAUAGAAAGGUAUAUAUAUACACUAGUUAUACACUAGUUAUAAGCACUAGAUAUGGCUAGUUAAGACUGAGAUUUAUUGUGAUACUGCGAGCAGGAAAGUGCCCUACCUCUUACCUUUUUUAAUGCAACUCAUGAACCAGGUUUCCACUCAACAUUUUUAUGUGAGUAAAGUACAUGUCGGAUAAAAAAUGUCACAACAGACCUGAUGGAAAUAGCAAAUUUGUCGGUAAACUUUCCAAAUGUCGACAAAACAAAAUACGCUAGACAAGGUGGGGUCUUUUUGUGGCUGUAAAAAUAGUUAUGUGAGGAGUUGCGGUGGGAAACGCCUUUAUGCGCAAAUAUUGAUAGAAUAACCAUAUUAUCUCAAGUAAAUUUGGAGUCACGCAAUAUGUUGUGUGGUAAUCCCACUACGUCUCAGGAAAUCAUGCAGUUUUAUUAGGCUACAGAUAAAAUAAGUAAUGAAAUUCACUCCUUUAUAUUAAAUAUCAAGUCUUAUUCUUGUGAUAUGAUGAUCAGUGCUUGGCUGUCAAGACCAGAGUGGGCACAUACCGGAUAUAACCUAGCAGUUUUGUGACAAGCAUCAGUAGAGUUGAAAAUGCAAUGGAAACCCAUUUAACUUGUAUUUUUUUAAACUUGUAUAUUUAACCGCAAAAGUUAUUUUUAUGUGCACUACGUCAUCAUGCACAGCCUUUUAUCCGCAACAAGUACAUUUGAUGGAAAUACAUAUCUGGUGGGAAAAUGUGCAUAUUUUUUUAUAUGCAUAUUUUUGAAUAUUCACAUGAAAAUCUGUCACACCGAUUGGGUGGAACCUAGUUACUGUCAUCAAGUUGCACUUUUUUUAGGACCUCUUAUUUUACCUACAGAAUGUAGAAACAAGCCGUUUUCACAUAUGUAGACACUGGUAUGGUGCUGGAGAUUUGUAUUUUUUUAAAUUUACUUAACCUUUCUUUUGACAGGGAGUCAAUGUUAAAACCGAGGUCUCUUUUCCAGAUGAGCCCUGUUUAGCACAACAAUACACAUUAAACUACAAAACAAUUAAAUAAAUGUUAUUAUACACAAAAAGAAAAACACAAUCAUAAAAAAACAGACAUUCUUCAGUAAAAAGGUUCCGGAACAACCAUCUGAAAUGCUCUAGAGGUAUCAAUUCCUCCAAGUUUGAAGUGGAUUGUAUGUAAGAUCAUUCCACACUUAAGGUGCAAGGAAAUUAAAGGCUGAUUUACCUAACUCUAAAAGCCAAAGGAAUCUCUAGAGUUAACCAACCCUGUGAAUGGGUUUGAUAACCUUUCAUUUAUAGACAUAAUGACUGAGGUUGAAAAGUGGUGGAAUGUCCCUUUUUAAAAGGGACAAUCUGCAGUUACUACUCCAAUGUUUGUAAAUAUAAACAAACACUGUAUAGUCUCAAAACAACCUAUUAAGGAUCUCCCCCUUUUUUUCAAUUUUCACCUUAAUUAAAUGACAUACCCAAAUCUAACUGCCUGUAGCUCAGGCCCUGAAGCAAGGAAAUGCAUAUUCUUGGUACCAUUUGAAAGGAAACACUUUGAAGUUUGUGGAAAUGUGAAAAGAAUGUAGGACAAUAACACAUUAGAUCUGGUAAAAGAUCAUGCAAGAGAAAGGCCAUAGUGUAUUAUUCCAGCCCAGGUGCAAUUUAGAUUUUUUUCCCCACUAGAUGGCAGCAGUGUAUGUGCAAUGUUUUAGACUGAUCCAAUGAACCAUUGUAUUUCUGUUCAAACUUUUGUGUCAAGAUUGUCCAAAUGUGCCUAAUUUGUUUAUUAAUAACUUUUCAUGUUCAAAACUGUGCACUCUCAAACAAUAGCAUGGUAUUAUUUCACUGUAAUAGCAACUGUAAAUUGGACAGUACAGUUAGAAUAACAUGAAUUUAAGCUUUCUGCCAAUAUCAGAUAUGUCUAUGUCCUGGGAAAUGUUCUUGUUACUUACAACCCCAUGCUAAUCGCAAUAGCCUACAUUAGCUCAACCGUCCCGCAGGGGACCCACCAAUCCUGAAGAUUUAUUUUAAAACUAUAAUUGUGAUAUCGUGGAUGGUCAGUCCUUGCAUACAUAGCUCGGUCUAUACAUUUUUAGAGCGGUUUGAUUUAUCCAGCCCCAUCCCUCAUCUUUUUACCGAAAGUUAUUUUUCCAACAGCAGAUUAGCCUGUUAAGACUCCAUAAUGUUUCAUCUGUAUGUAAAAUAAAGGAAAAUAUCUGUAACCAACAUUUGAAAAAAAGUGUAUUUCAGCACUGGUCAGCAAAAGCAUCUCUACAGUUUAUAAGCCAACACGUGUUCUAGAUCUAUAUUUCCUAGUAUGUGUCUAACAGUGUUUUAUUCUGUCUGCCAUUUGUUUUCAUGAAUCAUCAUUAUGUUGUGUGUUCUCUCAAUUAAACUAGAUCACCACAAUA